AUGGCAGCCACCUUCAACCGCCAUCACAACCUCGAUCGCGCGUGUGCGUAUAGUCACGGCAACGCAAUCGCGACCGCCCAGCCAGCGUACGAUGGCUUUGCAGCGUCGCAUCGCCAUGGUGCAAGCCAACAGAGCAGCAUGGCAGCCUAUUGCGAGCCCACGACGACCGACGCGCAACAGGCCACGAGUAUGAACAGCCACGGCCAACAGCGCGAAGACAGCUACUCCCCAGACGACACGCCCAAAACCUGCUAUGUGGGCGGCCAGAACACGGCAGCACCGCCACCGGGCAGCAACGAAGCGACCGACAGUCAGUUUGCUAUGCUCCCGCCCUCGAGCUCAGUCCACGCUUCAUGGCAAGCACUGCACGACUAUGCCCAGUCGCACGCCGCGCAGAACGGCUACGCCCUGUCCAUCAAUACCACGGCUAAGAACCGGUCCCGCAUCAAGCUCGCCUGUGUCUGCUAUGGACAGCCCAAGAACACACACAAGCUCACAGCUGAGACGAGGGUCAGGAAGAACAGGGUCAGCUACAAGACGGGGUGCAAGAUGUGGAUCGAGGGCAGGAGGCAGCACGACGGCACGUGGCUGCUGCGUGUGGGCGAAGCGCAACACAACCAUCCUGGACGUCAAAGCGCGGGAUGGGCCGUACAGCGAAAGAGGACGUGGGGAGUUGUUGGUGGGCGCAUUGGGGUGGGAGGCGUCACGGCCAAGGAGGAACUCGCCAGGUUGAGCCUCUCAGACAUCAAGGACACUCUCGACGACGCGGAUGCCGAAGCCGACGGCGCCCAGGAUGUGGAAAGCACGUCUGUACAGGCACCGAGGAAGCCACAACACAGUCUCGAACGUGGGGGUCUCGUGUGGAAGAUAGUCGAACAAGAGAUGCUACGCAAGGGCGAACCAAACCAGGGCCGCGACCGAGGCGUUGGGAGGACUGUGGAUGUCUUGCAAGCGAGGCUGCCCGGUAUACACAUCUUUAAGCGCGACGUAUACAACAUACGAGCGCAAAUAAAGAGAGCAAGAAAGGCAGCCGGACAACAAGUGGGUGAUGGCCUCAACAGCUCAGACGACGACGCUGAAUCCGAAGCACAUGACACGACCCAAAGUAGUGGAACCGACGUAAACCCACUCAACCACCGACACAUACAGCAACCGCCAAAUACAUACCAGCAGCCCGCUGCUUACGCCCCCAGGCUCUCGGUGCCCUUCCCGCCCACUCGGAAAGACUUGCGUAUUGAUCCUGCGCUCGGCGACCGUGUCCCGCCACCACCGCCAUCAACUCCCCCUGAGGUGAUUGAGAUGGAAGUCAAUCAACUUAGGCGCGAGAAUGCGGAAUUGAAGCGACUACUCACGGAGAGGACGAAGGAGGUCAAAGAAAAGUCCAUAGAGAUGGCUGGGCUCAAGAGUCAAGUUGAGUUGCUGAGCAAUAUGAUGAUGACGAGCGGGAGGGGAUUGAUGGCUGGGUAG